AUGGUACUCGACUUAGCUCUGUCCCCUCCUCCCGGCGAGAUCGCCCCCUCAACUCGAGUGUGGCGGUGGUUCACGAUCCUUGCUAUGGCCUCGUCUCCUUCCUACGAAGAUCUUGCGUCCUGGGAUGAUUUGACCUUGCCAUUCGACCCAGAAGUCGAUGACCCCGACGAUCUCAGGAGAGUCGACCCCCGCCAACUACCCCCGGACAUCUCGGAACUCGACAAGACAAUAUCGGAGCUAGAGGCACAGCUCUCUGAUCUCAUACUUCAACGAGAGCGUUUGCUGGACAGACGUGCCCUCAUCCACCGCCUUCCUCCGGAACUUCUCUGUCGAAUCUUCGAACUCAGCGAAGAAUCCGUCCAACUCCUGCCGUCCCUCAAUCUCGUAUGUCGCCAGUGGCGAGCGGCCUGUUUGGCCUGUCCAGUUCUGUGGUCAUAUAUCGUUCUGGACUCCAACUGGGGAUGGCGAAUACCCGCUUUUCUGCGCAAGAUGCGGGCGCAUCUUCAGCGCUCCCAGGCGACAAAACUACUCGUCGACAUUGAUUUCCGUUAUGUCGACAGCUUCGCUGACUGUCAAACCAUCAUGACUGAGAUGAAGCCGGCCCUGUCGCGAUGCUACUCAUGCACGCUGUCAGUCCAGGAUUGGCCUCGAAUGCGCGUCGUCCAACAAAAUGCCACCGAACUGGGCCCUGCUUUGGAGGAUUUCUAUCUUCGCCUCGACUCGGUCGACCCGGACACGGAUGAUCCUUGCAAUGUGUUGGCACAGCCUUGUCCCCGUCUCGCGUACGUUGUGCUCGAACAUAUACCGCUGGAGUGCGUCAAUGCCCCGAUGCCUGCUCUACGCGAGCUAUCCCUCAUCCUGGAGCGCUCCGGGUAUUCCUCCACUCGCAUGGAAUAUCCGUUCAAGCGGUUCAUGUCGAUGAUAGUCGCCUCACCCAUCAGGUGGCUGAACAUGCGGAUGGCCGCUUUCUCUCUCGAUUCCACGGACGACCUCUUCCAAGCAGACCCGGUCCUGAUCGAGUUACCCGAACUCAGGGGUAUCGAGUUCGAUCUGGUUGAAGCCACCAGCAUCAUCCUCUUCCUUCAGUCUACAUCCCUACCCUCGCUGUCCUAUAUCUCCGCGAACUCCGCCGAAGACAUGCAAUGGCUGAGUCACAUCGCGCUUUCACCCGAGCGCUUCCCCUCGCUGCGCCUUCUCGACGUCCGGAAUUUCAACUUCAAUGGUGUAGGCCUAGCACCAUUCGUUCGAGCGUUGCACCACCUCCCGCGCCUUACCGGCCUUGGAUUUGCAUCGCCCGCGUCGGGCAUCGUCGGGAGCAGGCUGUUCGAAGUGCUUUCUGCGGGGCCUGACAUGAUGGGCGGCUGGCUCCUACCGCGACUAGAAGCUCUUUGCUUUCAAAGUUGCGCUGACAUAUCCGGUCACGAGAUCCUGCGCGCUGUCAAUGCUCGUCGUGGCGCUGCGGCCGCGGAUGUGUCCAAAAUAUCCUACCUGAGGCUCACACAUUGCUAUUCGGUAGAUCCGGAGGCGUUAGAGCGGCUCAAGGCUCUCGUGGAUGUUGUGCUCUCCGUAUGAAGUUUACGGCCCCAUACCCAUUUGUGCGUAACGUCGUAAUCUAUUGCCCCGACGCUAUGGUUGCGUCUCUACCCCGGUACCUCACGAUCUCAAAUCUCC